AUGGCCAAGUUCUACGCAGUUGCCAGAGGUUUCAAGACUGGCAUUGCGCAAGACGAAGAGACUCGCCAGAUAUUGACAAACAACUUCAAGGACAACAGCAACAAGUCUUUCAAGACCAGGCCGGAGGCUGCAGAAUGGCUCGACAAAAAGCUUGGUGUCCAAGGCGGCGAUUGGCCUGAUAUCGACGAGGAGGAUGCCAGGGCUGCCAGGCAUGCUGCUGAUAUGGAAAAGGCUACGCGCGGCGCCGAAAGCACUGCUGCUAGCCAGGCGUCAGCUCUUUAUAGAGCAGAGGAGAAGAAAAGAGCCAUCGCAGAAGCUAGAUUGAGAGGCAAAAGAUCUGUUGUGGCACCGGCUCCCGGUCGAUUCUCCCAGCCUACGUCCUCAUCCUAUGUGCCAUUGCCGCUUCUCCGCGGACCAGUAUCUCUGGCUGCAUUCAAAGCUGAGAUAAUGGAGGCCAUUAGCAACGUAUGCGACAGGUAUGGUCUCGGGGACGUGCCGACGACCAACAAGUUACUGCUUCCAGCCCCAGAGCCUUCGAUAACUUCUAGGCGAGCAGGGACUGUUAACACUUUACCUUCGAGCCCACAGGAUAAGCGAACUAGAGCGAAUGGGCCCGUCUUCUCGCGCAAGUAUCAGACUCCGGGAUCUCCUACGCCAUCUUUGUUGAAGCCUGAAAGCACUCGUAAGGGUCGCUCUCGUUCGCCUUUCCAGUCUAUGGACUCAACACCCGACAAGCAGACCUCGAACAAAUCAUCUUUUCGUGAUCGUGGCCGGUCUCAUAAAUCUGCCGUUUCAGAGGAUGAGGAUGAGGCAAGCUCUGACCCGUUCGCUUCGGACUCCGAAACUUCUGAAGAGUCUCCUCCGAGGAGUCAGCGCUCCAGAAAGGCCUCGCAUCUUUCUUCGAGGCCUGCUGCUGAUAGACUAAGCUUGAAGUCUUCGAACAGAAGGCUCAGAGAACCGAGUCCCGCGUUUUCUGAUUCUAUCGCCCAGAAGAAGCGUGGCCGAGCGGAGUCGCGGCCCCGUACUACGGCUUCUCAACCGACGCCCAGCUCUAACCGGGAGGGAGAUCAUACACGUACGAAACGUGACAAGGCUACCUGGAGUCUACCUGCUACCUUUGACUCGGCAGCCGUGAAAAAGCGCCGUCUGGACGUGAUAGAUGACCUCUUGCCUGCCCGAAGCGUAAUCAACACACCGCGCAAGGCUUUUGUACGUAAGGCUAGCCGCGCUGAAUCGGUCAGCGAGAGGCCUGCAUCCAAGAAGGCGAAGCAUAGCACAAGCAACACCAAGACAGGUAUUUCGUCUCGGCGCAAAUCACGCAGCGGUUCCGAGGAUUAUGAGGGCCCCAUAUCGGUCCCUAGUGACAUCGACAGUGUCAGCGAUUCCGGGCAGUCUCCAAGCCCUAUUCAUAACAAGAGGAAAGUUCAUGAUAGCCCCGACUCCUCUGAUAUUGGCAGCGAGCCGGAGAAAUCUGAUAGCCAUGCAUCAGAUAAUUCUGACACCAGUAUUCCCUCAAAAUCACGUCGUUCGCGGCAAAGUAAGCGACGAUAG